CCGGUCUUCUAAAAAGGAAACUUUGCGAAUUUAAGCAACGACGUUACACUACAGUCAGUUUUUUAUAAAAAGAACAUAAGCCCUAUUUGUCGUUUGAUUCACAUACACCUAUCACUCGAGCCAUUUAUCUCUCUCUCUCCUUUUUUUUUUUCUUUUUUCUUAAAAAUAAAAAAUAAAAAGUGCUUAUCUAUUCUCGGUAUGUUUAAAGCAAGGUGGCACUUUCCUUGGAAAAAACGCAAUCAAAACCAUGACGAUGACGAUUCACCACCCAAAAGAGACACUUAUUAUCAAGAAAUCCAUCGAAAUGCAUCGAUCAAAAGCACUCAAACCAAUGAAACACAUGUCAAAUUGAGAAGCAUUGGACCAAAAGCUCGUCGAGUCUUUGUCAACUUGCCCCUGCCAGAAUACGAAUUAAACAAAAAGGGACAUCCUAUUCAAACAUACGCUACCAAUAGGAUUCGAACGUCAAAAUACACCAUCAUCACAUUUAUCCCGAAAAACUUGUUUGAACAGUUUCGUAGACCAGCCAAUCUAUAUUUCUUGGGCAUGGCUAUCAUUCAGAUGUUACCGCUUUUUGGCGUUAAGUCGCCGGCACUUACGCUAUUGCCGAUCUGUGCAGUUGUGUUCAUUACAGCAGCCAAGGAUGCCUUUGAAGAUUACGAGCGCCACAAAGUCGAUGAACAAUAUAACCAAAAUGUGACUCAUACCCUGCAUGGUUACAAGAAUACCAACUAUUCAGAUCAACCUCUUCAAGAUACGAGACUCCCCUCUUGGCUCUCUUGUUUUCCUCAAAAGAGCUUAUCAAAUAAACAAACCAUCAACCAUGAUCAAAAGGACUAUUUUGAAAAGUCUUUAUCAAAAGAUGUACGUGUAGGUGACUUUAUUUUGCUUCGUAAUGGUGAUAGCCUUCCUGCGGACGCUGUAUUGUUAUCUACAUCAGAUAAGGAAGGCAUUUGUUUUGUCGAAACAAAAGAUCUGGACGGAGAAACAAACUUGAAACCUCGCAAAAGCAUUCAAGAAUUGAAGCAUAUUCAAUCAGGUGCUGACUGCUUGAAUGACUGUCAUUUCUAUAUGGAAGCAGGAGUGCCUUCCCCUGAUCUUUAUAAUUUUGAAGGCACACUUGUCACUCUAGAAAAGAGUGGAGAUCAAUGGGUAAAAAAGAACAAGACGCCUAUUGAAAUUGAUAAUGUUUUAUUGCGUGGACAUGUAUUAAGAAACACAAAAUGGGCUAUUGCUGUUGUUAUCUUUACUGGUACAGAAACAAAGAUUAUGCUAAAUUCUGGUAAAACACCAAGCAAGAGAAGUCAAGUUGAUAAAGAAAUGAACAAAGAGAUCUAUGUUGCAUUUUUUGUACUUUUUGCUUUGUGUUUAGUGUGUGCUAUCAUGGCUGGUGUGAUGCGGGCGCGUGAAAUGAAAAGCAGUGCUUCUUCUCUUUACAAUGCACAAACAGAAUCGCCUGGCUAUGUAGGUUUUCUCAAUUUUUGGUCCAGUCUUAUUAUCUUUCAAAACAUUAUACCAAUUUCACUCUAUGUUUCUAUUGAAUUUGUGAAAACUUUUCAGGCUUAUUUUAUCUAUAACGAUUUGGACAUGUGGGAUGAACAAUCAAAAAAGGCUUGCGUGCCUAAAACUUGGACGUUGUCUGAUGACCUUGGACAAGUAGAAUAUAUCUUUUCUGAUAAGACAGGCACACUCACUCGAAAUGUAAUGGAAUUUCGUGAGUGUACAAUAGCAGGUACUCGUUAUGGAGAUAAUGGAUUUUCACCGGAGUCAGAAGGAGCUCGAGGCGCUCGUCUUCGCAAAGAAAAGGCAAACGCAACACAAAAUCAUGAUCCAUCAGAAUCAGCACUCCAUACGCCUUCUUCAUUUCCUUUGAUAGAUGCGGACGAAGACCCGCUGGAAACCCAUGAUGACAAACAAGCAGAUGAAGAAGCAAAACACAAAAGACAGCAAGCCAUGGACGAAUACGAAUCUGUCUUAAAAGAUGUGUUUGAACCAACCUAUUCAUCACUUGAUAUCAACCGACUUUCUUUUGCAGAUGCUCAAGUCUUUAAAGACAUCAAGACGGCAGACAUGGAUAACAAGGACACAAAAUCAACAACAAUCAAGGAAUUCUUUAUGGCAUUGGCCUUGUGUCACACAGUCAUGAUUGAAAGAAUUGGAAAAGAUGGCAAAACAAUUGAAGACGAAGAUGAAGAUGAUUCAGAAGAACUGAAUCGCUCGCAGCCUAAAAUAGGCGACUACUCUAUAAUGGCUAAUGAUGUAAGUCAAGGCGAAAACGGCUCUACCUCAAGACCAGACAGCUCUUCUGUAGAAGACAGUGAGACAUUGGAUGAAACGAAAGGACUUGCCAACAAGGUACGCAACGGUAGCAGCAAAAUUCUUCAAGUGCCUGGUCUUCGCAACUUGAAAAAGUCCAACAAGAAAGACAGAAAAGGAAAACUAAAGCGCACAAAGAGUCGAGGAGAAGAGUUUGAUAACAUCACAAAUGGAAAUCAAACAUUAGAUCGAGUGGAUCCUACAGUCAAAAUACAGAUUGAUUACAAAGCUGAAUCGCCCGAUGAAGCUGCCUUGGUGAAUGCAGCAAAAAACGUAGGUUUUGCGUUUAUUGGAAAAAAAGGAACAACAUUGACACUUGAUAUACUUGGGAACGAAUACAAUUUUGAACUGCUUGAUGUACUCGAAUUUAAUUCAGAUCGAAAACGAAUGAGUGUUGUUUUACGUAGGCCAGAGCCAUGGAACGAUAUCAUUUUAUACUGUAAAGGUGCUGAUAAUGUCAUCUCGGAAAGACUGUGCAAAGACGAGCAGAGCAGUGAAAUUGUUGAAAAGACAUUUAGCGAUGUAGACAAAUUUAGUGAAAGUGGCCUUAGAACAUUACUUCUGGCCUACCGUAACUUGGAAGAAAACGAAUACAAGCAAUGGAAAGUCGAGAUUGAUGAAGCAAGCACAGCAACAGAAGACAGAGCUAGAAAAAUUGCCAACAUUCAAGAAAAGAUAGAAGUCAACCUCAGGUUAUUGGGUGCUACGGGUAUUGAAGAUAAACUUCAAGAAGGCGUUCCUCAAUGCAUUGAAGAUCUUCGCCGUGCUGGUAUCAAAGUGUGGGUAUUAACGGGUGACAAAUUGGAAACAGCUAUCAAUAUUGGCUAUGCAAGUAAUUUGUUGGAUGUGGAUAUGAAACUUUGGACAGUGCGUGGCGCUGAAACUUCUGAAAAAGUAUCACAAAAUCUGGAAAACACAUUGGAUCAUUUGAAAAAAAUAGACGACACUUUACAUGAACAAAAUGAUAGACAAGAACAUGCACUUGUGAUUGAAGGGUCUGCUCUCUUGCAUAUCUUUGAGUCGGAUGCUUUAAAAGCGAUGCUCUUAGAAAUUGCUAUUCGAUGCAAAAGUGUUAUUUGUUGUCGCGUAAGUCCACUUCAAAAAGCUUUAGUUGUACAGCUUGUGCGUAAAUAUCAUAAUGUGGUUACUCUGGCUAUUGGCGAUGGAGCUAAUGAUGUAAGUAUGAUCCAGGUGGCUAAUGUUGGUGUUGGUAUUGCAGGUCAAGAAGGUGUACAGGCUUCCAUGGCUGCUGACUACGCUAUUUCGCAAUUCCGUUUUCUUCACAAACUGCUUCUGGUACAAGGCCAUUGGAGUUAUGCUCGUAUAUCUGAAAUGAUUCUAAAUUUCUUUUUCAAGAACGUUUUUUGGGUGUUUCCCUCUUUGUGGUAUCAAAUCUAUAGUGGAUGGUCUGGAAAUAUUUUUUACGAUUAUUCCUUCUUACAACUUUAUAACAUCAUUUUCACAAUUGCACCUGUUGUUAUUCUUGGUGCGACUGAUCAAGAUCUUACCUCUCCUUAUUUAAAGCACUUACCUCAAGUGUAUAACAUUGGCAUUCAAAGAAAACUGUACACUAAAUUUAGAUUUUGGUUGUAUUUUUUUGAUGGCGUUUGGCAAUCUGUCGUCGUAUUCUACGCAUUCUAUUUUCUCUAUAUAGGUGGCAAUCCAAACGCUAAUGGCCACUCUGAAUCUAUGCUCCAAUUCUCAACGUCCGUUGCAGUUACAGCCAUCAUUCUAGCAAACAUCAUGCCAGGAUUCAACACAUAUUAUUGGACUUGGUGGCAAUUCUUCUUUGUCGGGCUUGAAAUCCUCAUUGUUUUUCUUUGGGUUGUUAUUUACGGUGCUUUCCCUUCUGUAGCAAUCUAUGGUAUGGCUGCUAUGACUUUUGGCAGUGGUACGUUCUGGAUGACGUUUUUGCUGGCGAUUGUCACUGCUUUUUUGCCGCGUUAUGUGGUUACAUUUGUAUCUCAAUGGUGGUUUCCUAAUAAUGUCGCAAAGGGUCGUCAAUUUGAACUUUAUGACCGAAUGAUGAGAAAGAAGAGAGCAAAAGAAAUGCCUGAGAAGAUCAACAAAAAAUUUCCUGGUUUCAAAUAUCUCAUCUGCUAUCCUUUUACGGGCAGCAAGAGUCAACGUUACGAAUAGCCCUUUGCUUUCUUAUUCCCCUUUAAUAUAUACUAUAACUCUUGUACCAUACUUUUAGCUAAAAAAA